GCUUUCCCCACAAAUAAACCAGAGAGAGAGGCACAACAUGUAAUAAAAGUGGAGUAUCAGGAAAAUGGUCCAUUAUUUUCUGAACUUAAAUUUUAUCAGAGGGCUGCAAAAAAAGAAUGUAUCAAAAAGUGGAUAGAGCUCAAACAACUUGAUUAUUUAGGAAUUCCUAUGUUUUAUGGAUCUGGUCUGACCGAAUUCAAGGGAAGGAGUUACAGAUUUAUGGUAAUGGAAAGACUAGGAAUCGAUUUACAGAGGAUCUCAGACCAGAAUGGUACUUUAAAAAAAUCCACUGUCCUGCAGCUAGGUAUCCGAAUGUUGGAUGUACUGGAAUAUAUACAUGAAAAUGAAUAUGUUCACGGUGAUAUAAAAGCAGCAAAUCUACUUUUGGGUUACAAAAAUCCAGAUCGGGUUUAUCUCGCAGAUUAUGGACUUUCCUACAGAUAUUGUCCCAUUGGGAACCACAAACAGUAUCAGGAAAAUCCUAGAAAAGGCCAUAAUGGGACAAUAGAGUUUACUAGCUUGGAUGCCCAUAAGGGAGUAGCCCUGUCCAGACGAAGUGACGUUGAAAUCCUUGGCUACUGCAUGCUGCGGUGGCUGUGUGGGAAACUUCCCUGGGAAAAGAACCUGAAGGACCCCAAGGCUGUGCAGACUGCUAAAACAAAUCUGUUGGAUGAGCUCCCUGAGUCAGUGCUUAAUUGGGCUCCUUCUGGAAGCAGUUGCUAUGAAAUAGCCCAGUUCUUGGAAUGUGCUUAUAGUUUAGCAUAUGACGAAAAGCCAAAUUAUCAAGAGCUCAAGAAAAUUUUGAACCCGAGUGGCAUUCCUUUAGGACCAUUGGAAUUUUCCACGAAAGAAGAGGGUGUAAAUGUGCAUACUCCAAACAAUCAAAGAGUUGAUUCACGAAAGGCUGCAACAAAGCAAGUCAAUCAGAUGCAAAAUAGGUUAAUAGGAAAAAAAGUCCACAGUGAAAGAAGUGGUGAGUCCUGUACAACACAGAGGAAAGGGGGAAAGGAGAAGACGCUCAUGGGACUGGUGAACAGUGAAGCAGCUCAGGAAAGCAUAAGGAGAAGACAAAAAUACCAAGAUGCUCAAGAACUUCUGAAUGUAGUAAAGCCUUUCCCACAAAAAUUCAGCUAUAUACAAUUCCCAAAUUCGUUUUAUAAAUCUCAUGAGGAUUUUAUCAGUCUAGAUACAUUUAACAAGUCAAGAUCUCCGUCUGGUUUCCCCUGA